UCGAAAUAUAGAAUAGCGGUGAAAAUAGAUUUGUUUAUUGUUAAGAUACUUGUUUCAGUAUAUUACUUUGUGGUGAAAAUGUCACAGAAAGAUACGAAUUUAAAUGCUCUUUGUAUAUCAAACUCCCUGCACUCCGGCGAAAGUCAACAGCAGCAUACGUCCUCGUCCGCGGAGCACCAGCAGCAGCAGCAACAGGUGCCGUCGGCGGUGGAGGGCGCUGCGGACAUGGCCGAAAAUGAGAUUUACGAUUCGGAUGAGGGCAAUCUUUUGCGCACACCACUGGACCGAGGGCCGUACUUUGAUUUAUCGGCCUCGAAGAACAUCACUGCCCUGGUCGGCAAAACGGCCUAUCUCAACUGUCGGGUGCGGAAUCUGGGCAACAAAACGGUCUCCUGGGUGCGUCAUCGCGAUAUCCAUCUGCUGACCGUCGGUCGAUUCACCUACACGUCCGAUCAACGUUUCCAAAGUGUGCACAAUCCCCAAACGGACGAUUGGUCCCUGCAGAUCCGGUAUCCUCAGAAGCGGGACACUGGAAUUUACGAGUGCCAAAUAUCGACCACACCGCCGGUGGGCCAUGCAAUGUACCUUACGGUGGUAGAACCAGUGACCGUUGUAGUGGGUGGACCGGACAUUUACAUCAACACCGGAUCCACGGUUAACCUGACAUGCGUUGUUCGGAACUCCCCGGAGCCACCGUCCACCAUUAUCUGGACCCACAACAAUCAGGAAAUUAAUUACGACUCACCUCGGGGCGGUGUGUCGGUGAUAACGGAAAAGGGCGAAACAACCACCUCGUACCUGCUGAUCCAGCGAGCCAAGGGUGCCGACUCGGGCAAGUACGUUUGCUCGCCGUCGAACGCCAACUCGUACUUCAUCAACGUUCACAUACUAAACGGUGAACAUCCGGAAGCAAUGCAGCACGGCGGCCAGCUGAGGAUAGGCGAUCCACUGCACGUGUUCGUCUUCGUAAUCAUCACCCUGCUGCUGGGAAACCGAUGA